AUGGUGUGGGGCCGAGGCAGGGGUUACUUGGGCCUGGAGGGAGGGUGCUCGGGUGCCGUGAGUGUGCUGGGAGCCAUCCUGUUGCUCCUGUGCCUGCCAUGGGGGUCACAGGGCACAACUGGUGCGACCCUCGGCACUGCUCUGGGCCACACAGUGCCCCUGGCAGGAGGGCGCUACUUGAGCAUUGGGGAUGGUUCUGUGGUGGAGUUUGAGUUCCCUGAGGAGAGUGAGGGCAUCAUUGUGAUCUCGAGCCAGUACCCAGGCCAGGCCAAUGGGACCCGGCCUGGUCCUACCCUGAAGGUCACGUCCCUGGACACGGAAGUGCUGACUAUCAAGAACGUGAGUGCCAUCACAUGGGGUGGUGGGGGCGGCUUUGUAGUGAGCAUCCACUCAGGCCUGGCCGGGCUGGCGCCACUCCGCAUCCAGCUGGUGGAUGCACGUGAAGCCCCACCUAUGCUGAUAGAGGAGCGGGCCGAUUUCUGCAUCAAGGUCUCCCCCGAGGAGGACACCACCACACUCACCACUGACCUGGCCCACUUCUCGGAGAACCCGAUCCUCUACCUGCUCUUGCCGCUCAUCUUCAUCAACAAGUGUUCAUUUGGGUGCAAAGUGGAACUUGAGGUCCUCAAGGGGCUCCUGCAGAGCCCUCAGCCCAUGCUUCUAGGCCUCCUGGGUCAGUUUCUGGUCAUGCCCUUCUAUGCCUUCCUGAUGGCCAAGCUCUUCAUGCUGCCCAAGGCCCUGGCUCUGGGCCUCAUCAUCACCUGCUCAUCACCUGGCGGCGGGGGCAGCUACCUCUUCAGCCUUCUUCUUGGAGGGGACGUCACGCUGGCCAUCUCCAUGACUUUCAUCUCAACAGUGGCUGCCACUGGGUUCCUGCCACUGUCCUCAGCCAUCUACAGCCGCCUGCUCAGCAUCCACGAAACACUGCAUGUGCCAGUCUCCAAGAUCCUGGGCUCGCUGCUGUUCAUCGCCAUCCCCAUAGUUGCAGGUGUGGUGAUCAAAGCCAAGCUGCCCAAGCUCUCCCAGCUGCUGCUGCAGGUCAUCAAGCCCUUCAGCUUCAUAUUGCUGCUAGGUGGCCUCUUCCUGGCCUACCACAUGGGGGUCUUCAUCCUGGCAGGAGUCAGGCUGCCCAUCGUCCUGGUGGGCCUCACGGUGCCCCUGGUCGGCCUCUUGGUGGGCUACUGUCUGGCCACCUGCCUGAGGCUACCGGUGGCGCAGAGGCGGACAGUCAGCCUCGAGGUAGGGGUACAGAACAGCCUACUGGCCCUGGCCAUGCUACAACUGUCUCUCCGCCGCCUCCAAGCUGACUACGCCUCCCAGGCCCCUUUCAUUGUGGCACUGAGUGGUACCUCAGAGAUGCUGGCCCUGGUCAUCGGCCACUUCAUCUAUAGCAGCCUGUUUUCAGGCCCGUGAGGCCACCACCUUGCUCCCCGCCCACUGUCCCCAGGUUCUUGUGUACCAAAGGCCUUUAGUUCUCAUGCACUAUGCACUCAGACAAAUCCAGGCUUAUUUUUUUUACUGGUUUUUAUUCUUCAGCUUUUAAUGCCAAAGAGGCCAUACUGAGUUAGGUUGGUGGGCAGUGCCCAGAAAAUAUAUUUCAAUAAAAGAAAGACACAA